UACAUUUUUGACUCUUUCAGUUCAGUGCCAAAAUCUUCUAUCAAGCCUUGUGUUUCCAUCUUUUUCUUGUUCUCUUUUGUGCAUGACAGUUUGGACAUGUAAAGAAUUAGUCUGAUUAGUAUCACAAAAACUUCAGGUUAACAUUCCAGAGUCUUGCCCCUCCCCCAGGCUUUUUUCCCCCCACACUGGUUACAUUUUAGUCUUUAAUCUUGCUUUGAGCCACUUGUCAGUCAGAUGGGUGUAUCCAUCUACACACAAAACACUGUUUAGAUAACACUCAUCACAAGGCUUUCUCUGCUCCACCUGCUCUGUCUCUGCAUUGCACCUUUCUGGAAAAGAGAGUUUGCCACAGAGGCUUUCAGUCGCUCCAAGCAUGAGCAGCUCCAGCAAGCAGACGUGGGCUCAUUGAGUGAAGAAGUCUCCGUUUAAAGCAGAUCAAUGGCGUGGUGCUGUCGUCGCUGGCGUAGAGUGCUGAUUUGCCUUUGCAUGCCAUGCUGCUGCCUGGUCUUCAUGUAUAUCUUCUUGGCUGUUUUGAUAACUAUGAGCAUGACUUCUGUGACGAUAACACAGUCCUUCAAUGAGCCAACCACAAGCCAUUUUGCGGCUCCAGGAGCUUCAGGUAAUGACAGCGUUGCUCCUGUCCCUAAAACUUUCUGGGAACAACACCUUCCUGAUGAUGCCGUUUGGAACAAACUCCAGAGAUCCACUGACAACCACUUUAACUCCAUCCUCUACCCCAGCAAGGCCAAGAAGGUAUCAGAAAGAAUCAGCUUUAAUGAUACCCUCCUGAAACAAACGUUCUCUAAUAUUAUGAGCUUGGAAAGAGUGAAGAAGAAUUUGGAAAAGCUGCCAAGAGAGAUAAAACGUUUUAUCACCAACAUGCAAAAGAGGGACUACCCUGUCCUCAUCCGACCACGUCGAGUAUGUGGGGCUCAGGCAAAGCAUGAGACGCAGCCCCCUCUGAUUCUAUUGGCCAUCAAGUCAAGAGAAUUAAAUUUUAAGAACCGAAAAGCCAUUCGAGAGACUUGGGGCCAGGAGGGAUGGGUGCAGGGACAGAAAAUCAACAGCAGUGACAAACAACUGGUUGGAGGAUAUGUCCGGAGGGUGUUCUUGCUUGGCAAAGAAAGCUCAGCAGAUCUGGGCGUGGAUAUAACCGAUGUCUUGAGAAAAGAGAAUCUACGUUUUGGAGAUAUUCUGCAGUGGGACUUUAAGGACACGUUUUUCAACCUCACUUUAAAGGACGUGCUCUUCUGGAACUGGUUCUCCAGUCACUGUGGUCAAACUCACUUCAUCCUGAAGGGAGACGACGACGUCUUUGUCAACACCCCAAAGCUGAUCACCUACCUCCACAAUCAGUUAAAUAAACCACAAGUCAGCGGCACCUUGGAAAAUUUCAUGAUAGGAGAUGUCAUUUUGGCUGCCCAACCUAAUCGAGACAAAAGGUCCAAGUACUUUAUUCCACCAAGCUUCUACAAGGGGGUUUAUCCUGUGUAUGCCGGCGGAGGAGGGGUGGUGUACUCUGGCCUGUUGGCAAGACGCUUACUCAACAUAUCUCAAACAGUCCACCUGUUCCCCAUCGAUGACGUCUAUGUAGGAAUGUGCAUGGUUUUGCUCAAUUCCCACCCCCUCCACCAUCCCGCCUUCCUCACAUUUGACAUAUCUGAAAAGGAAGAAGACGAGCCGUGUUCAUACCACUCCAUCCUGUUGGUCCACAAACGAACCCCCGAGCAGUUAGUCGCACUGUGGACUGACAUGGAAAAGACACGGGAACAAUGCAAGGACGCACCACUGAGGGAUACUUGAAAACCUCUUAAAAAAUGAACUGUGAAGGAAGUUUUAGGGCAGAAUAUGAACUCAUCAAAGUUAUGAUGGUGACACUGCAAAUGUUAAAGCGUAAACUCACCUCACAUUGAACAAUGUGAACAAAACAGAACUAUCAGCACACAUAAACAAAAAAAAAAAGGUAUUGCAUAAACACAAUAUGUGAAACCCAAAUGGUAAAUGUUCUCUAUGCAACUUCGUGCAUGAUUUUUACUUUUUCUGUACAAAAGUGUUUCUUGUUUUCUUGUUGGAUUUACUGCAGCUUUAAAGUUGUAUUUUGCAGCUGCAGGUGUUUAAGGUUUAUGCUUAUUUUUAUUUUUUAUUUUUCUGUUGAUGAUUUUUCCAUUAACUGUAAAAAUAAUGAUCAGUUUGGUGUCAACACGUUUCCUAGAUAAUCCAGGUGAAUUUUAAGAAGGAUAAUGUUAAACCUUUAGGAUUCACUACUAGAAGCAUCAAUGACACAGGUGACAUGUUAUAAAUGUGUUCUGGUUUUGGUUACAUUAAUGUUUCUUAAAUUUGUUCACUGUGGGGUCAGGGAUUUUAUUUUAUGUUUUUAUUAGUUUGUUCAAAAGAUAAAACUACAAAAAAUGGA